UUAGGUUUUCAUCAUUUCCCUCCAAUUCCUUCACUGCUACUCUCUUUUGGAUUUGUCUUUACCCACGACACCACUUGCCUCGAAAUCCUCGGAAGCUUUAAAGAGAAACAAAGACUCAAGAGGAGGAAGGAAAACAACAAGAAUAUUUUUCUCUUCUCAGUUACCCUUGAAUUUCUAGGGUUUAUAGUUUAUUCUUCUCUCCCGAUUAGCUCUUAGGUUUUCGAUCAUCUCUUUACACUGUUUCAUUUUUUUCCGCUUUACUGUUUGUUUGGUUGCUGGCAAUACUUCGGAAAAUAACUGGAUGCUUGGAAUGUUAACUUAUGGCACCUACAGACUAAGUGUUGACUCGGCCCUUGGUUUGGUGCAAUGCUUGACUAGUUGAAAUGAUUGCUGCUUUCUCUUUGCUUUGUUCCUGGCCUUUUUGCUUUGAUUGGUUGUGGAGAAGUUUAAUAAGUUGAAAAGAAAGUCUGGGAUUACAUCGGUACUCCUAUUUCCUUAUAAGGUUUCUUUGGCAUGGAUUCUUCAACACAAACUUUUCAACACCGAACAUUGCCAAUCAAAUUGUGGCCCCCUAGCCAGAGUACGAGGCUAAUGCUUGUAGAUCGAAUGAUCAAGAACCUUACAACUCCAUCCAUUUUCUCAAGGAAGUAUGGCCUGCUGAGUAAAGAAGAUGCUGAGGAAGAUGCCAAGUAUAUAGAAGAUAUUUCUUUUGGUACUGCAAACCAACACUUUGUGAAGGAGCCAGAUGGCGAUGGGAGUUCUGCUGUGCAAAUUUAUGCCAAAGAGUCAAGUAAGCUUAUGCUGGAAGUUCUUAAAAGAGGCCCCAGAACAAAAGAGGAUGGAGAGGUUAUGAUAUCUGAGAAAGUUACUGUUGCUAAUGAAACAGUCUUUGAUAUAUCUGGAGGUCGUAGGGCUUUUAUUGAGGCAGAGGAGGCUGAAGAGCUUCUAAAACCACUUAGGGAACAAAACUCAUACACUAAGAUUUGUUUUAGCAAUAGAAGUUUUGGCUUGGGUGCUGCUCGUGUUGCUGAACCCAUUCUAUUAUCCAUUACGGAUCAAUUGACAGAAGUAGACCUAUCUGAUUUUAUUGCUGGAAGGCCAGAGGAAGAAGCAAUUGAGGUUAUGAAUAUCUUUUCUUCAGCCUUGGAAGGUUGUGUUUUGAGAUAUUUGGACCUUUCCAACAAUGCCAUGGGUGAAAAGGGUGUCAGGGCAUUUGGUUCCCUGCUAAGGUCACAGAAGAAUUUGGAGGAACUUUAUCUGAUGAAUGAUGGUAUAUCAGAGGAAGCUGCAAGAGCAGUUUGUGAGCUUAUUCCUUCCACUGAGAAGCUGAGGAUUCUUCAGUUUCACAACAACAUGACAGGAGAUGAAGGGGCAUUUGCAAUAUCUGAGAUUGUGAAGCAUUCUCCUGCAUUGGAGGAUUUCCGGUGUUCUUCCACGAGGGUUGGCUCUGAAGGGGGAGUAUCCUUAUCUGAAGCACUAGGGUCUUGCCCCCAUCUAAAGAAGCUUGAUUUGCGUGACAACAUGUUUGGUGUGGAAGCUGGAAUUGCUCUGAGUAAAUCUGUAUCUGUCUUCACUGAUCUCACUGAGGUUUACCUAAGUUACCUUAACUUAGAGGAUGAGGGGGCGGUAGCCCUGGUCAAUGCCCUCAAGGAUUCUGCACCUUCACUUGAAGUUCUGGAAAUGGCUGGAAAUGACAUUACUGCCAAAGCUGCCUCUUCUUUAGCAGCCUGUAUAGCAGCAAAACAAUAUCUUACUAAGUUAAACUUGUCUGAGAAUGAACUGAAGGAUGAAGGUGCAAGUGUGUUGAGUAAGGCAUUGGAAAUGGGCCUGCAUCAUUUAAAUGAAGUUGAUCUGAGCACAAACUCAAUUCGAAGGGUUGGGGCCAGGCUCUUGGCUCAGGCUGUUGUGCACAAACCUGGAUUUAAGUUGCUAAAUAUUGACUCUAAUUUCAUAUCUGAUGAAGGGAUUGAUGAGGUUAAACUUAUAUUCAAGAAUUCUCCCAGUUUGCUGGGGCCUUUGGAUGAGAAUGACCCUGAAGGAGAAGAUCUUGACGAGACAACAGAAGAGGAUGGAGCUGGUAACGAGGAUGAAUUGGAAUCACAACUCAAGAACCUUGAGAUUAAGCUAGAGUGAUAGAGUUUCAAACUCAAGGCAGUAGUCUGCUGCCUGCGCGCUGAUCUGAUUUGAAUCUUGUCCAGACCUGAUUUUUGGGUUAACAAGUAUGCUUUUGUAUUUAGCAAGUUCUGCUGCAUUUAGCCGAGUGUAAUGGUCCUAAUAGAUCUAUUUGUGGUAGUUUAGGUUGGAAACCAUAACAGUUUUAAAGGACAUUCCCUAGCUUACGACUUGGUUUUUAGUAUUGCAUCUGUGGACAAUUUUAUGUUUAGACGGAGUAGAAAGUAAUUUUUAUUUUUAAGAUUUUAUUAUUAUUCUGAAUUCUUAAUAUAUUUAAUCAGCAUGAAGAUUAUUACUUUGAAA